GACAAAAAGAGUAUAUGAUAUCUGAAGAUUUAUAUUUUGAUACUAUAGAUGAUUAUUUUAUAGAGAAUAUAGUUGAUGAACCACAAGCGAUAUUAAAAGCUAUUUUACAUGACAAUGAUAUAUCAAACAUUAAAAAAAUGUAG